AUGCGUCGAUCUAUCUCAGCGCUUGCAAUCCUUACUACUUUGAUCAAGGCACAAUUAGCAGCUUCUGUCAAUGUCCCAACCACCGCCGUUCCAGUUUCCUUGGAAGUUUUCGUCCUUCCGGUCGUGUAUGUGACGUUGGAAAAUGCUCCUGCUGCCACCGCCGUCAUCCUCGCAGGAACUGCGACUGCAUCUCCAGAUCCCUUGGCAACACACAUCUUCGGUUCAGCAGAGGCCCUGGCCAUUGCACUUUCCUCCAAGACUACAUUGGCUUCUUCCACAGCCGUAAAAGUAGCGGAACGCGCCGCCACGUGUGUACCACAGCCAUCUGGUAUCUCUCAUACUUCUGUCCCAGACAAUGCGGCUGGAUUCGUCAGCGAUACAUAUUACCACGAUGAAGCCGUAUCAGCAAACACUCCAUCAGGCUGGAUACGAGCAUUUACCGGCCUCAAUGCAUCAAACUCUGCCGAGAGAUGCCUGGGUUUCACCCUUCUACCAUCCUACGAUGUCCAAGCUUGUGCCAGCAAGUGCGCUACUCUUCCUUCUUGCGACUCAAUCAACAUGUAUCUCGAACGAGACCCAAGCACUUCCAUCGACAAUUCGACAUGCACGAAUCCCCCCGGCGUUACCGACGUCAAAUGCGUGUUUUGGAAAGGCGUGGUCGACACGUCAAAUGCAAACAACUUUGGUCAACGGCGAUCUGAGUUCCAAGUUGUCGUCGCUGGGAGCUCGGGAUAUAUGAAGGAGGCGUUUGCCGCUGCUCUUCCUGUGGUAGAACCUUCGACAUCUACUGUGACUGUGCUCCCGACUGCUACGCAUGCUGUGGACGUACAAGACAGUGGACCUGUCUCGGCUUCGACGAAAAGCACAGGAGCAUAG